CAACAUUGGAAGCUGAUAUUUGAUCUGUUUCUGUUUCCCAGGGUGACCAGGAAGUUAAAGCUGUCGCACCAGGUAACGAGCCGGCAGAGUCCAGCGGUGGAGCUGCAGCAAGACCUGAGGUGGAACCAGACAAGUUUGAGUUCCCUCCAGAGUCGGACGAGGAGUACAUGGUUGUGGAGGAAGCAGACUCCUCGUCAGCUGGCCGGAUGAAGAAGACAGGCAUGACACGCAUCGAGAGCUUCAGAGCCACCUUCUCCAAGGAGAACAUGAGCAAGACCCGAGAGAACCUGGGCACCAAAGUCAACAAACUCGGCGAGCGAAUCGUAACGGCCGAAAGGCGCGAGAAGAUCCGCCAAUCAGGUGAGAAGCUGAAGGAGACCUUCACCAAGACCGUCCCAGCGAAGCUGAACCUGAAGAAAGAGAGAACUGUGGCUGAGGGUCAGGAAGGAGCAGAGGGAGCUGCAGAGGCCGCCGUUCCAGUUCCUCCUCCUAAAGGCCGUAAGAGCAGCCCAGGAGCAGCCCGGGCGGCCGAGGACGAGGCCACGGCGGCCGAGUCCGAGGUACCGAUGUACGACAUGAAGCAGCUGUCAUAAGUCAGGACAGGCGGCCAGUUUUCUUUGGACCUGAGAGACCACAGAGUGAUGGAUGGAUGUGGAGUCAGCUCUGAUCGGAGAGCAGACACUGGAUGGACGAAGGUCUAAGAUUGUAGAAACAGUGGAGAGAAACGAGCAACAAGCAGAUCGAAUCACAUUAACACGACUGAACACUGAGACAAUAAGAUUCCUGAAACCACUGAGAGGUUUGAUUCUGUUUUCAGAUCAUCACCAUCACAUCCACAGGAUCUGGUCAUUUUUGUUUUGUGUUGUUGAACAAAUUGUGAAUGAUUGAAAUGUUUUAGGACUUUAUCACGAGUUCCUCCUGAUGCUGCUGCUGCUCACUUAUUUACAUGUUGAAGUUGAAAUGUUGACAGAUUGAGUUUGUGGAACAUUUUGUUCUUGAAUAUCUUGAAAAAUGAGGGAAAGUGAAGUAAAAUAAAUGAAUUUCUUUGUUUGGAAGUAACAGGAUUUGAUGGUUUGUUCUUGAAGAAAUCUUUGUAGAUUUUCAGAUUUAUAAAGAAAACAAAAACAAGAACUUAAAAAGCUCCUACAUAAAGAAACAACCUCCAGAUUACAGUUUAUAUCAUCAGAUUUAGACGAAUCCCUUUAACAAGUUUGUUGUGAUUCUAUAAAUAAAUGCAAACAAUUCAUUAAUUUUUACUGAACGUAGAAAUUUAUCUUUCUUCAUCUUGAUUUAUUCAUAAUUUUUCUUCAGGGGCAGUUUUUAAAAAUAAAAGCAGGUGUGUUAUAAUAUUUGUAUAUUGUAGUUUUACAGAUAAAAAUAUUCCACUUGAAGACGAGAAUCAUAAGAAUAAAAUCUAACUUGUCCAGUUUUGAAGGAAAUAACUGAACAGAGAGGAAAGUGACAGUUAAAGACAAAUAAAGAUCUGUGGUUUUA